AUGGGCUGGAUUUGUUCAUUUUUAAUAUCUAUCUAUCUAUCUAUCUAUCUAUCUAUCUAUCUAUCUAUCUAUCUAUCCCAGUCUGUUCAUAUCUAUGAAUCUAUCUCAGUCUGUUCAUUAUCUGUCUAUCUAUCUAUCUAUCUAUCUAUCUAUCUAUCUAUCUAUCUAUCCCAGUCUGUUCAUAUCCAUCUAAGUUUCUUCAUAUCUAUCUAUCUAUCUAUCUAUCUAUCUAUCUAUCUAUCUAUCUAUCUAUCUAUCUCAGUCUGUUCAUAUCUAUGUAUCUAUCUCAGUCUGUUCAGAUCUAUCUAUCUAUCUAUCUAUCUAUCUAUCUAUCUAUCUAUCCCAGUCUGUUCAUAUCUAUCUAUCUAUCUAUCUAUCUAUCUAUCUCAGUCUAUUCAUAUCUAUGUAUCUAUCUCAGUCUGUUCAGAUCUAUCUAUCUAUCUCCGUCUGUUCACUAUCUAUCUAUCUAUCUAUCUAUCUAUCUAUCUAUCUAUCUAUCUAUCUAUCUAUCUAUCCCAGUCUGUUCAUAUCCAUCGAAGUUCUUCAUAUCUAUCAAUUCUUUUACCUUUUUUGUCACUAUGUCUUCCUCACAUUUUCCUCAUUUUUAUUGUGUUUCUUCUUCCUCUUCUUUUUCUUUCUCUUUUCCUUCUCCUCCUUUUUUCUUCUUCUUCCUCUUCCUCACCUUCUUCUUCUUCCUCCUCCUCCUCUUCCUCCCCCUUUCUAAUCUUCUUCUUCUUCUUCUUCUUCUUCUUGAAGGACAACGCAGCUUAUGCGUCAUUGGAUCUAUCUAUCUAUCUAUCUAUCUAUCUAUCUAUCUAUCUAUCUAUCUAUCUAUCUAUCUCAGCUUACGCGUCAUUGGAUCUAUCUAUCUAUCUAUCUAUCUAUCUAUCUAUCUGUGUGUACUGGAACACACCUAUUCUAUAG